GGAUAAUGCGCUGAAUUGAAUAAGCAGCUGUGUGUACAGUACAACUGGGCCUGUCAUCCAGCCAGGGCUGCUGUGCGUGUGACGAUGAGAGGGAUAUAAGGAGCCUUUUUCUACAUGUUAUCGACACGGCGAGGUAACUGUAAAAAAUGGAGGGAGGACAUUUUGGCUACUCCCGGGACUAUCUCGACCGCUUCGUCCAAAGCCAGGACUCAUCUGUGGUGAACAAGUUCCAGCAGAAGUACUGGAAAACCAAACAGACGCUCAUCAAGGUCACCGGGAAGAAAGAGGACGAACAUGUGGUGGCAUCAGACGCGGAUCUGGACGCCAAGCUGGAGGUCUUCCACUCCAUCCAGAGAACAUGCAUGGAGCUGCUGAAGGUCAUCGAGCAGUACCAGAGGAGGAUCUGUUUUCUUUCCCAGGAGGAGAACGAACUGGGUCGUUUCCUGCGCUCCCAGGGCUCGCAGGACAAAACCAGGGCUGGAAAGAUCAUGCAGGCCACAGGGAAAGCACUUUGCUUCUCCUCCCAGCAGAGACUGGCUCUGAGGAACCCUCUGUGCCGUUUGUACCAGGAGGUGGAAACGUUUCGCUAUCGAGCUAUCUCAGACACGUGGCUGACGGUGAAUCGAAUGGAGCAGUCGAGGACCGAGUACCGCGGGGCACUGCUCUGGAUGAAGGACGUGUCUCAGGAGCUGGAUCCGGACACACAUAAACAGAUGGAGAAAUUCCGCAAGGUUCAGGCCCAGGUGCGCACAACCAAAACAAGCUUUGACAAACUGAAGACUGAUGUCUGCCAGAAAGUGGACCUGCUGGGAGCCAGCCGCUGCAACCUCCUCUCUCACGUUUUAACCACAUACCAGACAACACUUUUGCACUUCUGGGAGAAGACAUCCCACACUAUGGCUGCCAUUCAUGAGAGCUUCAAGGGCUGUCAGCACUAUGAGUUCUCUACACUCAAGACCUUACAGGACCCCAUGGACAAGCUGGCUAAGAAGAAGGGGAAGAAGAAAAGUAAAGCAGAGACAGAAGAUGGAAAGAAAGCUGAGACCACAGAUGACCAACUCAUCUCACUAGAAAUGAAGAUCCUCUCUCGGCCUAUCCAAGAGUUAGAGGGAGAGGAGAAGGACAGCAUGGCCUUACUCAACGAGAUCCUGGGCGGUAUGUCUGUGGACGAGGGCGACUUCUCUCGAGAGUGGACGGAAGUGUUUGGAGACUCUGAGGAGGGAACGAGCGCCGCAUCUGGCAGACAGGCGGAGGCCCAGCAAAAGGAAAACUCCUUCUUUCUACCAUCUCAGCUGCUGGACCAGAGCUUGAAUAAUCCACAGUCUUCCCUCUCAGAUUGGGCCGGCAUCGCUCCACAGACCAUUGCCCAGACAACAGAGCCCUCAUCUGGAGCCAAUCAGAACCCCUCUAAGCCAGCAGUGAAAGACACAGCGGGGACGUCCAAAGACCUCUCGGCGUGGUUCAACCUGUUUGCUGACUUGGACCCCCUCUCCAAUCCCGAUGCAGUUGGCAAAACCGACACAGAGCACGAACUUCACACCGCAUAGUUCUUCCUCAGAGUCAUGGUGAUUUUGUGGGAUGGGAAAAUGGGAACCUGUUGUUAGUGGGAACAGCAGCAUAUUGCUAAUAAAAGAGACUAGUAGCUGUUCAACAGAAUAUCUAAAGUUUUUCAAGCAAAAAUGCCAAAUAUUUCCUGGUUCCAGCUUCUCAAAUGUAAUCAAUUACCGCUUUCCUUUGUCUUAUAUGAUAGUAAUGUGGUUUUUGACCUGUUGGUCGCUUAAAACAAACUAUUUGCAAUUUUAUUUACCAUUUAAACAACACAGUUAAUCUAGAAAAUAAUUAGCAGAUCAAUCAAUAAUGAAAAUAAUCAGUAGCUGCAGCCUUAACUGGACCUUUUCCUUAUAACAACAUAUAAAUGUCUCUUAAUAUAACUAUGAUAAGACUUGUUUCUUGUUAUAAAAAGAUGCACUGACAGGUAAUUAUAUCAGGAUAAUAAUGAAAUUUAAGAAAGAAGAAACUGAUUUUUUUUUUUAACGGUGGCAGCAAUACACUGCUGCAGGCGACACCCACUAAUAACUAUCAGCUCUCGUGUCCUUUCCCUUGUGAAAGAAAACAAACAUUUACAAGGUGACCUUAUUAAGCCUGUGGGGCUGUGUCACUGGGUUAAGCAUUUAAUGUUUAGCAUGGAUACCUCAGUAUGAGUUUGGAACAAUAAGCCUUUGACAUUAGCUGCCUUGGAAAUCUGUAGUCUCUCGUAGCAUUCAUGCUUUAUUUCUGAUUCUCAUUACUGAAGAUUGCAAAGGGGCAAAAAUACCUAGUGAGAAACAACAGUGCAAUAGUUCAUGUGUUUACAAACUAGUGCAACGUGCUGGGUGAAGGAAAGUUAAUGCAGUCACAGAGAAAUAUUCAGAAGUAUAUUUUUCUGCCAUCGAUCGACUCGUUCACACAUUUGAAAGCGUGAACGAGAGGGUUUUCCUUUUUAAGAUUAGUGCUCUUAAAUUUGCCGUACUUGUGAUCCCCUUCUGAAUAUAGUGUGACCAUAGUCAUUACAUAAAAAUUCACCUAUCGCUCAUUUAUUAUUGCAUGUUGCAUGCCUUGUUUUAUGUUUAUCCAGUAACGGUGUGAUCGAAUGAACAAUAUGUUUAUAUUAAUGUGAGAUUUUUCAUCUGUAUAUAUUUUAUCAUUUGGACAUGUGUUUAUUUAUCAUUCAUAGUUAUUGGCUUUCAUGGGCAACAUAUACAGUUCUCAGUGUAUUAUUUUCUAACAAACUGAAAGGUUUGAUAAUCGUGAAAAUAUAAUCAUACUGAUUUUGACUACAGUGCUGCAUAAAUUGAUAAAUAUCAAAAAUGCCUUAAUCUAAUCACAAGUCAACAAUACUGGACCUCAUUAGAGUUAUUAUUGGAUUCCUUAUACAGUAUAUUACAACUGAGUGUCAAUUAAUUUUGUUGUAACUUAGAUUUGUGUCAUUUUUGAUGUUGAAGCCAUGACACAUUUGUUAAUAUUCAAUCAUAACCAAAUACAUUGAUUGCCUUACCUUGUCUCCUAUUUGUAUAUAAAUACCAUGCUUCUGAAUAUUGAGAUUAUUAGUCCAUGUGUCUGUCUACAUCCUACGUCUGCCCCUUUGAAAAGGAUUACAUACCAAAUCAGAGAUUUUCUUGUUUGUUUUCUUUAUUGAAAAACACACACAAGAUCUACAUAAAAAUGUGUAAUACACAGGAAAACUGAAUCAUCAUUGCCCAACAUGGCAACCAUUUCUUAACUGCACUGCACAAUGAGCUUGUGAAUAAAAUUAGAAUUAGUAUGAUUGAAACUCUUGGAGCUGCAAGCAGAAAAGAAUUUCAACAUUUUCUGUGAGGAAUGUGUUGCAUAUGUUGUUUAUGUUUAUUUUUGUGUGCAUGUGGCUAGAUAGACCAACGUUUUAAAAUGGAAAUUUACUAGUUUCAUCCUCCCAUUCGAAGUUAACCUGCUCUAAAUCAGUCAUGUUUUUUUAAAUAUGUUCUGGUGAUACAACCUGUACAGGGGACGUCAGGGCACGUCUGCUAGGAUCUGUAUUUUGAGCCAAACUGUGAUACACAAAAAAUGUUAGUGUAGGUUUACUUCAAACAAAAAUCAAUUUCACACUUCAAAUUCUGAUUGUUUUAACUUACAAAUUGGUCCAAAAUAAAAACAGUGAUUAUCAUCUCACUUCCAAGUAAGUGCUUCAGCUUGGUUUAACGAUUAGCGCUUGUGUUUGAAACACUAUGAACCAGUGUUUAUAUGUUGCUGAACUUUUUAUAAACAAUUCAAAACGCAUUUUAACAAUCCACUUCUGGCACAAAAAUGGUGCCUCUUCUGUCCCAAACAUACGACAGGGCUUUCAUUGUUUUGAAAUUUGCUUUGGUAUAUAUUUAACAAGGGGGCAAAACAAACAACAUAAUUGUCAACUUCUUAAUUUGGGAGGGUGUAGCUUAUUUAGCUAGUUCCAUUUACAUGAGUACUCACGGUUGAUCGAUGCAACUGCGAUCUCUGGAAUGUGUCAUAGCACCUGAAACUCUAACCUGAACAGGUUAAUGCAAAAGCCAUCUGUCACCAACUGUGACAUCAAUCAGCUGAUUCAGUCUGUAAUAACCUCCCUCUCCAGGGAAAAAAUAAAACAUUUCUGCGAAAGACUGAAAUGUCUCUCUGUAGAAGAAAGUCAUAAACACUGGGGAAAGGCAACAUAGUCCAAGCAAGUACAUUCCACAUGACCUGAGUUAUUGUUCUGGGUAGUGUGGGGUAAUAAAACAAGGCAACGGGGGAGUUGUGUGCUUAGUGAUCAAUUAUUUGGUCUCUGAAUAAACAGCUGAUAUUAGCAUUUUGUGUUGAGUUUUAAUAGUGAUUGGACUAGAAAUGCAGAUCUAAGUUGUGGCUUGUAAAGCCAGUUGAGUGGAGCCUGCACUCCAGUGACUGCUGGUUUCACACAGACACUGUGCUACAAAUACCUUAAAAUACACAAAUAAAAAAUAGGCCGUGGCCUGUAUCGUUCUGAGCCCCGUCUUAACAAGUGCAAACGUUGGGGUUAAUGUGAGGAAAGGUAUUCCAACUGUAAGACAUCCCAAUAUGUUAAAAAUAUGAAACAAGCAUUUCCCAUCCUGUCAAAAAGCUUACAUAUAUGUACUUCAGAUUUUAGCUUGCUGAACACUUAACAGCUAAAAAGCUGGGUAGAUUACAUGAGUAGAAUGUGUUUCUGAUAUCUCAGAGUUGUCUCUCGUCAAAGUUUUGGAUUUUUUUUUCCUUUUUAAUUUCAACUUGAUAAAACUGCCGGAGCUACGUAACACAAUAAUUUGAGCAGUCAUCUCUAUUUUUGCAAAAGAAAGCAAAAGCUAUUUUUGUUAUGGGUGAUGUCACGGUACAAAGGAGAAGGCUAUGUUAGUGAUGGGUAAAGGGAGGCCGUGCCCAAGGUCAGCACACUCUAAAAUCUGAGUGGCAAUGACCAAACCAUCAAGUUUUCUUGAUAAAACAUCACCGACCGCAGAACAAACACUGGGACCGAGCAGGAAUGCUUGUGCAGCAGGAUGCUGGUACCAUUAUCCUCCUAAGUGUUUGUCAUUUCCAGACCUUGGGCACUCCCUGCUGGCUAAUGUUAGGAUUAACGGAGUGCAAGGAUUUUUUUACUCUUUUUUUGUUGGUUUGUUUUUUUUCUUUAAACCAGACCA